UCUUAUAUAAAACCAUCUAUCUCUCACCAACAUUUCUUCCUCAGCAGCGAUGGAUCUUCUCUUGUUGGAAAAGUCUCUCAUCGCCGUCUUCGCGGCGGUGGUUCUCGCCACCGUGAUCUCCAAGCUCCGCGGCAAGAAACUAAACCUACCUCCUGGUCCUAUCCCCAUUCCCAUCUUCGGAAACUGGCUCCAAGUCGGAGAUGAUCUCAACCACCGCAACCUCGUCGACUACGCCAAGAAGUUCGGAGACCUCUUCCUCCUCCGUAUGGGACAGAGGAACCUAGUCGUCGUCUCUUCUCCCAAUCUCACCAAAGAAGUGCUCCACACGCAAGGCGUGGAGUUCGGAUCUCGAACGAGAAACGUCGUCUUCGACAUCUUCACAGGCAAAGGACAGGACAUGGUGUUCACCGUCUACGGUGAGCACUGGCGUAAGAUGAGAAGGAUCAUGACGGUUCCGUUUUUCACCAGCAAAGUUGUGCAGCGGAACAGGGAAGGUUGGGAGUUCGAAGCUGCGAGCGUUGUGGAGGACGUGAAGAAGAAUCUUGAUUCCGCCACGAAAGGGAUUGUGUUAAGGAAACGCUUGCAGUUGAUGAUGUACAACAACAUGUUCCGUAUCAUGUUUGAUAGAAGGUUCGAGAGUGAGGAUGAUCCUCUGUUUCUACGGCUUAAGGCCUUGAACGGAGAGAGAAGCAGGUUGGCUCAGAGCUUUGAGUACAACUAUGGAGACUUCAUCCCUAUCCUUAGGCCGUUCUUGAGAGGCUACUUGAAGAUUUGUCAAGAUGUGAAGGAUCGGAGACUAUCGCUUUUCAAGAAGUACUUCGUUGAGGAGAGGAAGCAGAUUGCGAGCUCUAAGGCUACGGGUAGCGAGGGGUUGAAAUGUGCCAUCGAUCACAUUCUUGAUGCUCAACAGAAGGGGGAGAUCAAUGAGGACAACGUUCUUUACAUUGUUGAGAACAUUAAUGUCGCUGCGAUUGAGACAACAUUGUGGUCCAUCGAAUGGGGAGUUGCGGAGCUAGUGAACCAUCCUGAGAUCCAAACCAAGCUAAGGAACGAAAUCGACACAGUUCUUGGACCAGGCGUGCAAGUCACAGAGCCUGAGCUUCACAAGCUUCCAUACCUCCAAGCCGUGAUCAAGGAGACGCUUCGACUAAGAAUGGCUAUUCCCCUCCUAGUCCCUCACAUGAACCUCAACGUCGCUAAGCUCGCCGGCUACGAUAUCCCAGCGGAAAGCAAGAUCCUGGUCAAUGCCUGGUGGCUAGCAAACAACCCUAACAGCUGGAAGAAGCCUGAAGAGUUUAGACCCGAGAGGUUUUUUGAAGAAGAGGCGCACGUGGAAGCCAAUGGUAACGACUUUAGGUAUGUGCCGUUUGGUGUUGGGCGUAGAAGCUGUCCUGGGAUUAUAUUGGCGUUGCCCAUUUUGGGAAUCACUAUUGGUAGGUUGGUUCAAAACUUUGAGCUACUUCCUCCUCCGGGACAGUCUAAAGUGGAUACUUCUGAGAAAGGUGGACAGUUUAGCUUGCACAUCCUUAACCACUCCACAAUCGUAAUGAAGCCAAGGACCUUUUGAAUUUUCUAAAUAAUAAAAGAUAGACAAGAAAAUAUGAUUUCUGCAAAAUGACAUUUGUAAUGGAUGGUUGUGAGAUAUGUUGAAUAUUCAAUGUUUUAUUUCGAAGGGGUUGUGAAUGUCGGUGAAGGGUUGUUUCCAUGAUUGCUAUAACUAGUGGUUCCCAUUGUUUUGAAUGUACGUCAUUUGUUA